AUGGAGCGUUGCGGUUGCGAUCAAGGCAGAGCUCUCGUUAACUCCGCUCAGUUCGCUGCAGUACGAGCGAAGUUAGGUGGUCUUGGGGCUACGGCUCCUUGCAGUUUCUCCACACUUGAACUCCCGCGACGAAAUCGACGAUUUUCUUCAAAAAUACAUCGUGUAGAAUCGUGUAGACCAGAACUUGUUCACUCUUGGAUAAGUUCUUCGAAUUUCGGGUUACGUGCUGAGGAACAAGUCCGUGACGUUCGAAAUUUCGAGGAAUCCCCUCACAGAGAAAUGGUCAUAGAAAAAUGCGAAUCGGGUUAUGAUUACAACAGUGACAAUGCGAAGAAUGCUGGAAAAGCCCGCGGAAUCAGCCGGCAGGAUUCUACGCUCUCAUUUGAAAGUAUAGACGACUCUUCGGAUAUGAAGACAAGUGCCGAAGAAACAUGGAAUCAGAGCAAAGAAGCAAAAGCUGUUCUUCUAACGGCCCUAACCGCAUUCUAUAGUCUGUUCCUGACCAUUUUUGCCUUGGUGCUCGAACUUUCUCAUUUGCUUUCUGGAGAGGAGCUAAGGGAAAUCAACACAAAAGAUCUGAUUUUUGGUGCUUAUAUGUACGGUGUGUCAAUUCUGUUCUUUGUCUACAUGUACGUUGUGUUGUUGUUAAAUCCACGUUGGUACUGGUCCAUUCAAAUUGUUGAGCUCUCAAUAACUGGCCAUCAUACUGCUGCACGAUUUGGCACAAUGCAUCUGAUAGCAGCAAAUUUAUGGACGUGGAUAAGAUAUGUAUUGAUGGAGGAAGGAGUUAUGGAGAAGGAAAUAAGAGAGGUAUUCCAAGCGAUCAACAAUCGCAGUAUGUCUUCGAUGGACGAGGAAUCAACGGAGGCGUUCGAACAUCGGGACAUUGAACUCACUGGAGGUUGCCAAGCGGCUGAAUGUAUCCUCGGCAGCCUCUCUGAGGUGAUGUUCACGGCAAUCGUCGAAUACUCGUUGAUAGCGGCCGCUGUAAUGUAUAUCGUCUGGCGAAAUAUCGGAAAAGCAGGACACGGAUCCGAGUACGUGAAAAGAAAACAUCGAAUCCGUGUGGAUUGCUCAAAAACGACAACAGGUCUAUUUCUGGGAUUAGCUUUCCUUGCUGCAACUUUUACAUCUAUGAUUGUUUAUUACGGCUAUUCAAUCCUUGGUAAGAGUAAAAAUGCUGCAUUCGCCUACGCACUCACGGACAUUUCGCAGGAACUUUUGGAUCAAAUCUUGUUGUGGGUCGGUCUUGUGGGUGAACUGAUAUAUUCUGUGGCAGGAAUUGUGGGUUUGACUGGCGACAGACCAUGGCAACCACUUGCUUUUAUUUUAUUUUUCGUGCACAUAAUCAGGUUGAUACAGGUUGGAACACAGACGUUCCUUAUUUAUUUGGCAGCAAAAGUGAGGGUAGGAAGUUCAAGCAAAGAGAAACAACCAGGAAAGCAAGCGAUAACGUUUCUGCUUGCGGCUAAUCUCUCCAUAUUCUUAAUGAACUUAUUCGAAAGUGAAAAACCAGGGAUCUCUGAGAGUAUCAUAGCUGUUGACGUAAUCGGCAAAGACUUUGAUGUUGAGUUUUCUAUGAGUUUUGCAAUAGGAGGUUUUUAA